AUGAAUCUGCCUAAAGGGCCAGAGUCUUUAUGCUUCGAUAAAGAUGUUUUUAUGAAGGAUGAUUUUGACGUGGACCAGUUCGUGUCAGAAUGCAGGAAGAAGGUGCAGCUGGAGGAGAUGCGAGAGGACCUGGAGCUUUACUACAAGUUACUCAAAACUGCUAUGGUGGAGCUCAUUAACAAAGACUAUGCGGACUUUGUCAACCUGUCCACCAAUCUGGUGGGGAUGGACAAGGCCCUCAACCAGCUGUCUGUUCCUUUAGGACAGUUACGUGAGGAGGUGAUGUGCUUGAGGUCUUGUGUGAAUGAAGUAAUUCAGUCUAUAGACAAGCAGUUGACCAGACAGGAAGAUCUACAAAAUAAAAAGGCGUGUGUUUUACGACUGAUACAAGUGGUGAGAUCUGUAGAGAAGAUUGAGAAGAUCCUACAUUCCCAAAAUGCCAAAGAGUCAAACUCUUUGGAAACAAGCAGUCCUUUGUUAGCAGGUCAGAUCUUGGAGAGAAUAGCCACAGAAUUCAACCAGUUGCAGUUUCACGCUGUGCAGAGCAAAGGCAUGCCCCUCCUGGAUAAAGUCCGACCUCGUAUUGCAGGUAUCACUUCGAUGCUCCAGCAGUCUCUGGAGGGUCUGCUCAUCGAGGGUCUUCAGACGUCCAAUGUGGACAUGGUGCGUCACUGCCUCAGGACUUAUGCAACUAUCGAUAAGACCAGAGAUGCAGAGGCACUGGUGGGACAGGUGCUGGUCAAACCCUACAUGGAUCAGGUCAUACUGGAAGAAGCCGUGAAGUCUAGUCCCACUGGUCUUCAGGUGAUGUAUUCCAGACUGUUGGACUUUGUGCCUCAUCACUGCAGAUUGCUUCGAGAUGUGACUGGAGGCGCCAUCUCGAGUGAUAAAGCGGACACAGUGCCUGGCUAUGACUUUCUGGUAAAUUCUGUGUGGCCAGAGAUUGUCAAAGGAAUAGAAGAGCGGUUGGCUUAUCUCUUCAAUCCUGGAAAUCCUGACAUAUUUUAUGAGCGAUACAGCACAAGUAUGGAGUUCAUUCGAAAGUUUGAACGUCAGUGCAGCUCACAGGCGAGUGUGAAGAGGCUGAGAGUCCACCCUGCCUUCGUUGGCUUUCAGAACAAGUGGAACCUUCCGGUCUACUUUCAGCUACGAUACAAGGAAAUUGCGGGAACCCUUGAAAACUCCAUUAGUGAUGGUUUAGAGACAGCACAAGCUGGUAGUGCUUUCCACCUAAAGGCGUCUGAAGUGUUAUGGUCGUGUUUGGUGAAGUGUUGGUCGGACCAGAUCUAUCUGUCGCCUCUGGCUCAUCGUUUCUGGAAGCUCACAUUGCAGCUUUAUUCUCGAUAUGCAAAGUUCCUUGAAGAGGUUUUGACCAAACCCUCAGUGCCAGAGGUGCCUAAAGAACCAGCCAGGCCUUUGCCGAGCUCAGCCUCCUCUACCUCCAGUCGCACAUCUCUGGAAGACGGGGGUAGUGAGAGCGGUAGUCCUACAUCCUUGUCCACUAAGCAGCUGGUCUACAUCGCUGCUGAUGUACAGAAGCUACAAGAGCAGAUACCACAGCUGUCAGACAUGGUCAGACAUAGAUUAGAAGCUUUCAAUUUUACAAACUUCUCAAUAGUGGAAGAUGCUCUUGCGGAUUCAAAAGCUUGCCUCUCCAGCAGCAUUCCCAGUCUGGACACUCGUAUGACGCAACACCUCACCGAGCGAUGCUGCCGCUUUUUGAAAAGUGCCUCUGAGGUUCCUCGACUAUAUCGCAGAACAAACAAGGAGCCGCCUGUUCGAGCGUCCGCGUACAUGGACAACGCCCUGCGCCCCUUGCACCAGGUCCUGACUGACUCCACUGGAUUGGUCAGUCCCUCCACGGCCCAACAGUGGUUACUAGUUACUCUGUGUGACUGUACGCAGAGGUACUAUGACACCAUCUCCGAGGUGCUGAGCUCAGUGAGAAAAAUGGAGGAGAGCCUGAAACGCCUAAAGCAAGCCAGGAAAGGACAGAGUGCAGCGGCCACAACAGGAGCCAAUGGAGGAACCACGGACGACACCAAGAUCCGCCUGCAGCUCGCCCUGGAUGUGGAGUACCUCGGGGAACAGAUUGAAAAAAUGGGUCUACAUCAAAGCGACAUCACAAUGUUUUCUGCUCUUCAUGAUCUGGUGAAAGAAGCCAAAGAACUCGCUGGUGACCACAGCUAG